UGAAAAUAUAAAUAAGUGCAUGUAAUAACAGUUUUGUUAUAAAAUUUCAACUCAAAUAAAAUAUUAUAAACUUAAUUAAAAAAACAAAAUGCACAUCAAAUUCCAAAACUUUAUAAUUAUAACUAUUUGGUGUCUAAUUUUGGCCCAAUUAAUAAAUGCAAGUAAAUGUCCAAAACCUGAGUUACUAAAGCCGUGUACAUGUGUUGAAAUCAGUAGUAAGCCAUAUCUAGAUUGUACGGCUGAUCAUAACCUUAACCUACCGGAGCUGUUUGCCAAACUGAGCCGUGAAUUGCCGCGUGAGGAAAGAUAUUUUGAGAAUAUACACAUCAGUGGCGAUAAAAUUGUUGAAUUACCGGCCAAUAUGUUUGCGGACAUCAAGUUUCAUAGAGUAGAGCUCAAAGACUGUCAGAAUUUAAGGUCUAUUGAUAGACAUGUCUUCAAUGGCACCGUUGAUAGCAUACGGAGCUUAUCAUUGAUAAGAUUACCACUAAAUGAAUCCAACGAUAAUACGGCUGUAUUUGAUAUUAUCAAUUCAUUGCAUUCACUUCAAGAGUUAUACUUUGAAAGUAUAAAUUUAAAUACCGUUCCCAACAAUGCUUUUUCCAAAUUAGAUAACUUAUCGCUCAUUAGUUUUCGUAGAGUGUCUACCAAUAGUAUUGGCAAAAAUGUAUUCAAACAGUUAAAGUCAUUGCGUUUUCUCGAGUUUUACGAAGUAAACACUUUGAACAUCAGUGACAAUGCAUUUAGUUUUGACGAAACAGAUGUCAGACUCAGAUUUAUUAUAAUAUUUUCCGCGUUUAACAACAGUGUUAUAAGUGGACAGACAUUUGAUGGUAUGCUAAGACCCGUUACACUGAUAUUUCUUCAUAACGAUAAGAUUCAAUAUAUAAGUAAAGAUACAUUUAAUCGGUUUAUACAACAAAACCCGAGCCAUGAACUGAUAGCACACAUUGAUUGCAAUGAUUGUCGCAAUUAUUGGCUUUUAAUGAUUUCCAAACAAAACAACGGUAUUUACUGUACUAAUGGCAGACAAUUGAAUGAUAAAAGAAAUUUUAUUAAUUGUUAAAAAUGUUUAAUAAAAUUAUCAAAAAAAAUUAAUGAUUUUAAAAAAUUUA